CAUGUACUACUCAACACUUGUGCUCGUGCUUACCUUUCUAUUCUCAUGCCUCUGUACCGUCAUCUCCUUCCACCAAAACCAAAACCCUAAAAAAAUCUUCAAAGCUGCCACCAGGCCCUCCUCUUUUUUGGAUCAUAAGAAACAUCUUAGAAAUCAGUAAAAAUCCUCAGCAAUCACUCUCUAAACUCUCAAAAACCUAUGGCUCUCUUAUGACUAUCAAACUAGGCACCAUGACAACCAUUGUUAUUAAUUCCUCGCCAGACAUGGCCAAAGAAGCGCUUCAUAAACACGACUUGGCUUUUUCAGGUCGAACAGUCUCUCACGCACUUCAAACAUUUAACCACCACAGACUCUGUCAUAGUUUCGGAUCCUUCAGUUCAUUGGAAGACUCUCAGGAGAACCUGUGUCUCCAAAAUAUUCUCGUCUUCCCAACUUGAUUCUACACAGAAUUUGCGUUUAAGGAAGUUGCAGGAAAUGUUGGAGUACGUGAACAAAUGUUGCAUAAAAGGUGAUGAUGCUUUGGAUAUUCGUGAAGUUACCUUCACGACAUGUCUUAAUUCAAUAUCUAGCACUCUUUUCUCCAUUGACGUUUCUGGUUUUGCUUCUGAUUCCUCUCGAGAGUUUAGAGAUAUUAUAUGGGGUAUAAUGGGAGAAGUUGGGAAACCUAAUAUUGUAGACUUUUUCCCUGUUCUUCGAGUUCUUGAUCCACAAGGUGCACGCUUAAGAAUGGACAAUUUUGCUGGAAAGUUGUUUGAGAUGCUCGAUGAUAUUGUUGGAGAAAGAAUGGAAGUGAUUAGAGUCUCAAAAAUGGAGUCAGAGAAAUUGAGUGAUGUGUUACGUUCAUUGCUCUGUCAAAAGGAAGAAGGCAAACCGCAACUGGGUCGUUUGGACAUCGUCGAUUUGUUUGCGGAUUUGUUGCUUGCAGGGACUGAGACAACAUCAAGUACAGUGGAAUGGGCAAUGGCCGAGCUAUUAAGUAAUCCAGAAAAAACUGGAAAAACUCAAAAAAGAGCUUCAACAAGUCAUUGGUGAAGAAGAUCACAUUAAAAUCAAAGAAUCACAUGUUUCAAAAUUGCCAUUCUUAAGGGCAGUGAUAAAGGAAACUCUUCACUUACACCCACCAGGUCCAUUAUUAAUACUGUGAUAACCCAAGAAUUAUUAAAAAAAUUAAAUUAAAAAUUAAUUAUAUAUAUAAGUUUGUGUUUUAAUAGUAAUUAUAUAAAUUCUUGGAAUAAAUGUGACAAGGAAGAAAGCUAGUAUAGUGGUAGCAAAAUAUGUAUUUUCUCAUUAGGUCACAUGUUCGAAUCUAAUGAAGACCAGGGAAAAUUUUUUUCUGCUCUUUGUUUAUAAAAUUAUGAAAUUACACUUUUCCGAAUAUGAUGAAAGCCUCCUUCUCUUCCUCGGCCAUUCCAAAAAAAUGGAGAGAGAGAGAGAGAGAGAGUAUGAGAAUAUGACCGACUCAACCUUUUCUCAUUCCAGUGAUUCCUGACUCAUCUCCCUUUCGUGUUCGUGGUGGUGGCAGGUGCGAUUGAAGCUGUAAUUGCUUUGGUUCAUUUCCCCUAUGUUCCUUGUCUUUAUUCUUUCUCGUCAUUCUUGGUUCAUUUUUAGCUAUCUUUGUUGGGUUGGGUUGUUGUUCAGUUUCUGUCAUCUGUGUUUAGGUUGUUGCUAGCGUGAGACCAAAUCAUUGGAGCUGGAAGUUCUACUCACAAGUAUUUCCUUUCCUAGCUGAAUUGUGAGUGUUGUGAUCUUCUUUAUUGGUCUGUGCUCCCUAUUUCUGUGUCUUCUCUACGUGCUGUCUGUUCAUGUUGUUCUUGGCUGAGAAUUCACAAAGUAUUGAGUACUGGAAGGCUAUUACUGUGAGCUCGUGUUGGUAUGGCUGAACUAGUCUUCUUCCAUUGUUAGGUGUAGUGAUAACAUUCAGCUUAUAUCUCCCCUGUUCAGUGUAAGUUUUACCUUUCUCUUCCUUAUAUGUACAUUGCUCGUUGCUGGAAGUAAGGGAGCUUCAAGACUUGCUUUCUCUUGGUUAAUAUAUGUGUGAUUUGAUCAUUAAAGCUGGAAAAGUUUGGCUCCCCUGUUAUUGUGGCUAUACGUGCAUGAGGAGGAAGUAGAAUUUUAAUUUAAAUAGAAAUUACUAGUGUAGAAGGAAGGAGAUGAUGUUGUAGCUUAGAGUUUUAUUUGAAAAUAAGUAGAUUAUUAAUAUUGUAAGGGUAAGGAAUGUUGAAAUCUAGAACAGAAAAAAAAUCAUCUUUGUUGAUGACUAUGCCAUAAUUAUUCAACAAAAUGAGUAAUAGGAGAAGUAAUGCACCUAAAGUAUUUGGUGCAAAGACUAAGAGAGGGUUGUGUCUCAAGAAAGAAAAAUAAUAAUAAUAGAUUGGCAUGGGUAAAACAAGCUGGAGUAGACUAGUGAUAUAAAUGGUAUUUAGACUAACUCUAAAGCAUGAAUAUUAAUUUUAAAUGACGGGGUUGAUUUGGAAUUGCGUUAAAAAAAUUUUAUUUAUUUACAUCCUAAUAGGGUGUGAGGAAGAAUAGGACCUUGAUCAGAAUUAAAGGAAGGAUACUUUUGAGAAUUUAAAGCUCUAACAAGUAAGUGAAUAGCAUUCCAUUUAAUUUAAUUUUUAUAUAGCCUUUUCUGAAAUAUUUUAUUCUUAUAAAUUACAUUACUUUUGAAAAUUAUGAAAUAUCAAUGAAGGACAAACAAGUUAUGAUGCGUGCAUUUAUUAUUUACAAAAGUGUAUU